GCGGGGGCGGCACCGCGGCGGCCAGCAGGAGCUUCGAGCGCGCGUGGGGGCGGGGGCCUCUUCCAGGUGGGCAGCAGGAGGGCGCGCUGUUCCCGGCCGCCAGAAAGAGAAGAUGGACAGGAAGGGGAAAGGAAUGGCAAAGAAGAAGGGCAUAGAUUUGAAGAGAUACUUUGAGGUACUUGGUGGCAGUCGCAGCAGCUCCAACUCCAAUCCAAGUACCCGGGAAAGUGGCAAUGCUCUGGGCCAAUCUGUUCAUCAAAAUCAAGCAAGUACCGUGGAAACAGAGAAUGCAAAUUCUUUGCCCUCUCAACAAGUGGAAGAAGAGAUUCCAGAUUCCGUGGAAGCCAUAGUUGAGGAGAAUGUUGAGGUUCUAGGAGAUGAAGGUAUAACGUGUGAGGUUUCAGAUUCCAUGGAAGCAAGUACUGAUGAAGUACCGUUGCCUGGGUCUUCUACGCGCCAUUAAAACUUGCCUGGGUAUGUUUUAGGUUGUUCGUCUAUUUAAAAUGUGUUUGCAUUUUCAUUUUACUUGGCUAUUCUG